UAUAGCAUGAAUAAAAGAUAAUUAUCAUGAACAAGGAAAUAUAAUAAUAAUGCUUUUAUUAUUGCCUCUAGGGCAUAUUUCCAACAGGGCACUCCCAAACCCCCAAACUCCUUCGGCGAGCAAACUUUGUCCCAGGCAACCAAACAAUGCCCUCUGUGCACGUCCCGGCGUCCCUUCCACAAAAAACCUCUGCAAAUUUUGUUGGCAGCUUCUAUCGUUUUGACGAGCAGGUCCAUCGCCAUCAUGGCGUGUAUUGGCAUCAAUGCCAGGGUGGUCUUCACUAGCUCCAAUCACCCGGUACGGUACAACAGUCUCGCUUGCCAAGCUGGUAGUCUGUCCGCCAUCUUGUCCACCAUGAAUUGUAGUUGACUCGCUCUGAUCUUCCUUAGUCCGAGUGGCAGGCCAAGGUAUCUACAUGGCCACCCCAACACUGGGCUACCCAUCUCGGCAGCUAUGGUGCUGAUCUCUGUGUUGUUUUCAAGGUCUUAAACUACCAUUGAAAUGUAUUCUUUGUGUCCUUCAUUGCAGAUUAGCUUGAAUAUUUUACUCCUUAAUCUUGAUGCAAUUCUAAUUUCUGGACCUUGUGUCCUUGCACAUUGGUGGAGCUGAAUUUUUUCAGAAAAUAACCCUGAUCAAGGUAAGGAACUGCCCAUGCCGGUAGUUGAGCUCACCACAACAUGGGAGCAGAAACAUAAAUGGCAGUGUCCACAAAGGGUGUGAAGGCGCAGCCGUGUUGGGUGAUGAUCUUUCUACGUCUUUGCGUUGCACGAUGUCGAUAGUGGCGCCAGACUCUCUCCGUGCGACGCUCGUCGGUGUAGAUGGGAGGUAAAAUAGGAAUGAAUACAAGUGGCCAAAACAUGAUGGGUGGGAGAGAGUGAUGCCGAGAGCGGUGAAGGGAGAGAGUGGUGUCGGGGAUGGGCUGUGAGGUUUUCAUUCUGGAGGGGCAGCGGAUAAUUGAUUAUACAAUGCCUGAAGAAAACAAUAGUUACCGAUGAGAAAAGGGUCUUAUUUGAAUACACUACACCGACAGGUUGAAUACAGUAGCCCGUUAGUGAUUUUUCAUCCUUUUUUCUAUCAUCGAGGCAAGCUAUCACUGACUGGUCAGUUUUAGACCGGUGUGUGAUAACCAUCUUACCGAGUUUAAAAGUCGAUAUCAUUGAAACCUUAGGAGAGGCCGGUCAGUGAUAAGGCUUAUCACUGAUGCGUGAUCAAUGGUUGGUCGGUGCCAAGGGGUCUCUCCUAUUUAGAUCUGUAUGAGUGAAAGAGUGAACUACGUGUGUGGAGGCACGUACCAUGGAUUUCUGGCCCAUUAACUGUCAGUGCCCAUGAUCUCAUCGAGAAUCAUUACUUGAGAAUAGGGCUCCAUCGCACAAUGAGUCAUUGAAUGGAACAUAAGAUGGCCCGGCUAGUUUAUCUCGUUUAGCUAGCUACAAGAUGCGGUUUCAGGAAAAGGUUCCAGUCUAUUUUUUUAGCCUUUUAUUUUUUUAAAUCUUAUUUACACUUUUCAAUUUUUUUUAAAACAUUUUAGAAAAUCCCAUGGUUAAGAAUAUUUAUGUUUUAUUAAAAAUGUUAAAAAAACUCUGAUUUUUAAAAGAUGGUUCAAUAUUUACAAAAUAUCCAACUGUAAAUAAAUUCAUAUUUUUCUCAAGAUGUUAAAAAAAUUCAAAAAACUAUUCACAAGUUUUAAAAUGUGUUAUUUUUUACUAAAAUGUUUACAUUCAUAAAGAAAUCCCGAAGUUUAUUUUUACCUUUUUGAAAUAAAAUAAAGGUUAUUUUUAAGGGAAAGACAACUUGAUAACUAGUAGAACCGAAAAAAUCUGGCUUCCACGCUGGUAAUCUGGGUUGGCCCAGUCGGUGAGUCACUCUUUUGGGAGAAAUCAACAUUUAAUCGCACAGAGCGACCAAUAUGACCUUGAUAUAAUAGUGCAAAGACUCAUUCUUUGGGAGGGACCGACAUUUGGUCGCACAGAACAACAAAUAGGACAUCCAUAGAAUAGUGGAAAGACUCACUUAUUGUAUAGAGUAGCGCAAAGCUCAUUUAUUGUCGGUACACAAUGAACAUUUUAAAAUGCACGUUGAAGAUUCUUUUAAAAUGCAAAAUGAACAUUUUUAAUGUGCAAACAUUUUAAGUAUUUAUUAAUAUUUUAUAAUGGCAAAAAUAAUAUUUUUUAUACAUUAUGAACAUUUUUUAAACUUGUACGAGCAAUUUUUUCUAUUUCUUGAUGUUUUAAAUGCCAUGAUUUUUUUUUAAAAUAUUAUGAAAAAUUGUUUAAUGAUAUGCAUAUUUUUUACAAAUUAAGCAAACAAAAGUUUGUUCCAUUCAUAAAGACUUAACUAUGAUAUUUAAAAAGUUGAAUGUGUGUUAAAAAAUCUUAAUUAUGUAUUAAAAAAUGUACAAUAUAUUCGUAUAAACAUUCAUUAUAUCUUUGAAAAAUGUUCAAUGUGCAUAUGGAAAAUAUCCAACUUUUAUACAAUAAAUGUUCAACAUGUGUAUUAAAAAGUUGACUUGUAUUUAAAAAGGAAAAAUGGAGAAAAUAAAAUAUAAAACUGAAAAAAAUAAAGAAAACAUAAGAAAAAGAAGGAAAUCGGUCGGAACCUUCUGAAAACCACAUGAAAGGUCGAAAACCAGUAGCCCAAGUGCAUCAUUUCAUUUCGUUAUAAUAGAGGAUUUACUUUUUUUGAGAAUCUAUAAUAGAGGGUUUACUGCCGAGCAAAAGUUAUACUUAUAUGUUGGGUUGGGCUUUGAAAAAAAUAACUCCACGAAUUGUCAAAGAAAAAAAAGUUCUACAACUCCACGCAUCGCAUCCGCCGCUCUGGACGUGCGGUCGUGCGCAGAUCCGGAGAGCCCGCCGGCGAUGGAUCUCCCCGAAGAGAUGCUUGCCGACAUCCUGCGCCGCGUCCCGGCGCGCCACCUCGCCGCGUGCAGGCGCGUCUGUGCGUACUGGCGCGCCACCAUCGACGCCCGCAGGCUGCUCCUUCCGCACCUCCUGCCGGGCGCGCCGCGCGGCGUCUUCAUCAACAUGGCCGAGGGCUUGCGCGACACCUACUUCUUCGCGCGCGGGGGGCCCACCGGCGGCGUGGACACCCGUCUCGUCGAUGCGCCUACCAGGUGGUGCACAGCCUUCGUGGACCACCGCAACGGGCUCCUCCUGUGCGAGGCCAGCGAGGGCACGCGCUUCGUCUACAACCCGGCCACGCGGAGGUCGGCGGUCCUGCCGCCCGCGCCGCGCGCGGAGCCCUGGAGCGUCGCUUCGGCCGCGUACCUCGUGUUCGAUCCCUUCGUGUCUCUCCACCACGAGGUUCUCCUGCUCCCCGAGCUGCCCGGCGAGCCCCAGCCCCCCGAACCCACCGACCCGCCGCCGCCACCGCCGUUCAACGUUGCGCGGCUCUUCUUCGCGGACGCCGAGUCGUCGGGGCCGCCUCAGAUCGACACCGACGACGAAACGGACUACGAGGAGGACUGGUUGUCCUCGGACUCGGCGUCGGAGGAUGAACCGCGGAAGCGUGCCAGGCCCCGUCAGCGCGAGCACGUCGAGGCGAAGGACACGUUGGGGCUUAUGGAAUGGCCGCCGUCGCCGUACGUGGUGCAGGUGUUCUCGUCCGAGACCGGCCGGUGGGGCGAGAGGGCGUUCGUCCGGGAAGGCAGAGCUCCAGGGACAGUGGCCGACAUGUGGUCGGAUCCACUGUCACCCAGCCACGGAAUGGCAUUUUAUCUACCUGACUGCGGGCCGCGCCGCCGCUGCGCCGUCUACUGGCGGCAAUCGCUCUACGUCCAUUGCCGUGGUGGUUUCAUCAUGAGGUUGUCGCUGCUGACAGGAAAGUAUGUGGUGAUCAAAACCCCAGGAGUCACCAACGUUGCCGAGCGUCCGUGGGCUAUGCCGCGCCUGAGCAAGUCUCGGAAGGGGGUUUACUGCACCAUCAUCGACAUGCUAAAGCUCCAGGUAUGGGUACUGACCGAAGAAUCACCGAUGGCGAUGCCGGUGUGGGAGAUGGCACAUCAUGCCGACCUCGAGCCCUCCAUCAGGCAACUAAUGCGCCAAAACCUUCAAAACUCAGAGAAGUCUUGGACCCUGGACGAUCCCAGGAGACCGAAAUCAUGGACGGAGCAGAGAUGCCGCGAAUGGGACUCGGAUAACGACGACGAUGAUGGCGCCGAUGUCAUCGGAGAAGAAGAAGGCGGGUACAUUGGUUGGUUGGAUUUCUUGGGGUAUCAUCCUCUCAAGGAGAUUGUGUUGUUGGGCCACCAGUACGAGCGUUGCGCUUAUGCCUACUACCUGAGCACUUCCAAGCUUGAGUACCUUGGUGAUCUUUGUCCGGUGCCAUGGGAUGAGCAUUAUCCCGCUUGCGUGCAGGAGUCGUACGUGUAUACUCCGUGCAGGAUCGACAUGCUUUCUGAUGAGAAUGGUGUCUCUGUUGAUUUGAGUAAAUGGGUUUCAUAAGCUAGAUAGCUAAUGAAACAAUAUUAGUGAGAUAUGGAGUAGUAAGAAGGAUUUGGAGAAUAAAAUGCUGUAAAUUAGACUAGCCUUUACAAUGCUGUAAUUGCCAGGUGGAACUCAAUGCUUUUUACAUGUACAUUUGC